AUGCCGCCGCCGGCACUCGCGAAGAAGGAUGCACAAGACACGCUGUUCACGGAUGACGAAUUCCAAGCGCUAAUGAGCGGACAGUGCGAGCUGCUGUCCUUCUCCGACAACGAUCUCCGGUCGUCGCCGCCGCUACUGUCCCUCCAGCUGCAAGCGCAGCUGCUGUGCAGGGACGACGCGUACGCCCGGCUCCAGGAGACGCCGCCGCCGUUCGCCCUGGACGACCUCGAGGCGCCGAUCUCCGAUGGGGACAUCGAGCGGCUCGCGCCACUGUUCUGCGACGAGGAAAUCCAGGCGCUCUGUGCCGCGCCCGCGCAGCAGGAAUCGAUGCAGUUCUCGAGACCACGCUCGGACUACCAGGCCGGCAAGAAAAGGAUGUCGUCCCCACCGUGGCCGUCUUGCAUAGCCGAUGACGACGACGAGGCCGAGGAGGCCGGGCCACCGCCGCCGUCGCCCCCUCCAGCUCUGACCAAGAAGGCAAGAACGAAAACGAAGAGCAGAAGCAGGCGCGAACAUGAGCCGCCGCACCGUCCUCCUCCGAUCAAGAAGGCAAGAACGCAAACGAAGAGCAGAAGCAGCCGCGAACACGCUGCCGUCCGUGCGACCCGGCUCCGGCACCGUCUCCGAAGGUGGCACAACACGAUCGCGACUCGCAUACUGAUGCGCCAGUUCCGGGCGCCGGAGCUCUCGCGCGGCCGGACGGACGCGCUGCCGGGGGACAGGGCGUGGAUGUACUCGGCUCAGGGCCACGCCUCGCCGCUCGUCGGCGGCCCCGGAGAGGUCCUGGUGCCCGCAGUGUCCGCAGGCAACAGCAGAGCGAUGGUGCGGCAGUACUCGCGGUGGCGACGCAGCGUGUCGAUGCCGACCCGCUUCUACGUGCACCGCGCCGUGGAGAAGGGGCUCGCUCAGCAGCAGCCUGACGACGACUGGACGAUGCCUGAAUACUAG